ACCUCACAUUUUACCUCCCAAUUUCGAGUUAAUAAAUAUUUUGGUAGAUAACAAUUUUUACAUUUUGUAAUGUUUAGUAGAAAAGAACAAUUACUUAAGAAGACAGGAGAGGAUGGUAUUGGGCGGUACGAGUACCUAAAACAACUAGUGAAUGAGUUUGCUACAUCAAAAUCCUAUGAUGCCCGGAAACAGAUUUUGGCAAACCUAGCCAACUUUGCCUAUGAUCCAAUUAACUACGAAUAUAUAGCACAACUGCACAUAAUAGAUCUUUUUCUAGCCCAGUUAUCAGAAAAUUCUGAAGAACUUAUUCAUUUUGCUCUGGCUGGUAUCUGCAAUAUAUGCUGUGAUCCCGAAAGUAGGGAAUAUAUCAUCACACUGAACGGUAUUCACUUAGUGUCGCAGUUUCUUGGUCACAAAAACGAAGAUAUUGCUUUGAAUGCUCUAACAACGUUAUUCUAUCUGUUCGAAUCAAGUUCAACCACGGUUCCACAAGAUCUUCUACCCAAAUUACUGGAAUACGAAAAGUCUGAAGAUGUUAGGUUCCAAAAUCUAGGGAAGUUGUUUAGUGAGACAUAUUUUAAGUCUGUAUAAAUCCAGGUAGUGUGUUAUUUUAAAAGUUUUGUUAUAUUUUAUUUUACAAACCUAGGAGAGGUGUUCAGUGAGACUUAUUUUAAGGUUUCGUGUUAUUUUAAAGGUUUUAAUAUGUUUAAAAGUUUUGUUAGAUCUUUUUCCCAACAGUUUAAAGUCGGACAGGAAGCUAGCUUGCGAAAAAAGAUUUCUAGACAAGACAUAGAGAAAUUUAUAGAUGUCUCCGGGGACGCGAACGCGGUGCAUUCGGUUGCCGGUUCACAGAGGGCGCUGGUGCACGGCGCUUAUUUAAACUCGCUGGUGUCGUGCGUAAUGGGGACGAAACUUCCCGGAAGCGGAACUCUAGUCGUCAAACAAACUUUGAUCUUUCCAAACAAAUGUUUCGUCGACGACACUGUAACCGUGACUGUUCGACUCAUAGAGGUCAGGAAAAUAAUUAAAGUCGGGUUUAAGUGUGUAGUCGAUGAUGGCAACGGCUGUGGAGAUGAAAAGGUCGUUUUGUAUGGAGAUGCGCAGUUGAUUAUGGACAAACCUAAAUAAAACUUCGAUUGUGUGUAUAUUGCAGGGGAGGCUGGUAGAAUUUCGAUGUCUUAUAUCUCUCUAUUACACACCAAAUUUAACUUAGGGCCUACUAGAGACAUUAUUGUAUUAAGAACGAUUUUAAAAUUUUUGACUAUUUUUUUUGUGCGCACCACCAACGCAAUUUUUUUUAAAUCAUUUUUUUUAUUUUUGACAUAUUUUAUACAAAAAAUUAAAUAUUGUCAGAAUUAUCAAAGUGACAGCGGUUUAUAUACAGGGUGGCCCUUAUAUACGUUAUAAGCCUGAUAUCGUCGUUGUUGUCGAAGAAAAAGUUUUAUACCUAAUAUGUUGGCAUGAUUUAUAAUGGAGCAUAACCCAAAAAUAUUUUAUUGUAUACAGGGUGUCAUAAAAAAAGUUGUCAUAAGGUUUUAAUCCAUAUUGACUGACUCCAAAGACAUUGGACUCCAAAUGACCUAAAAAAAAUGGCGUUCAGUUGGCUGGGAAAUUACGACCGAAGACAUUUUCCUUAUAAAUUUACAUAUAAAAUGAUAGCGAUCUUCAUUUCCUAACCAUUGCUGACGCCGUUUUUUUCGAUUAUACGGCAAACACCGCGAAUAUCUUCGAAACCGUUAAAAAAUUAGGAACACUUUAAAUACAAAAAAUGUUAAUUUUUUUAUUCUGCAUCUAAAAGAAACAUAAUAUACAGGGUGUUGCUUUAAAAAAUGAGAUAGAGCAUUUUAAAUAUUGCGAUGUUUGCGGCACCAUAAAAAUUGUCCUGUAUAAGAUAAUUCUCUCUAGUUUUCAACCAAUUUUUGGGAUAUAGUGUUUUUAACCAAAGUUUUAAUAAACAAUAUGAAAUAGAAUGACUACACCGCAAAAGGCUGGAAAUAAAAAUAGCUUACUCUAUGAAGAAUUUAUUUUGAAUCCAAAUAUGUACAGAAAAAUGGGGGGGAUGCAAUUUAAAAAAAACUUAAAAGUUUCUCAUAACUUUUUCUGUGACACCCUGUAUACAACAAAAUAUUUUUAGAAUAUUUAUAUGCCCCUUUAUAAACCAUGCAAUAUCUGUAUAAAACUUUUUUUCAUAUAUUCGACAACGAUGACGAUAUUGGAUAUUGGACUUCCUUGCACUAGUAGGCCACCCUGUACAUUUUUUAAUUUACUUCCCAAGUAAAAAAAUAAUAAACCGUUGUAUUUUCACAGAAAUUGUGAUUUUUUGACGAUAUUUAAAAUUUUUCGAUCAAAUGUGACAAAAAAUA